AUGACUCAAUCAGUGGCCAAAAAAACCUCCAACAACUCUCUUCCUCUCCCGCAACUCCCCCCACCCGCACAACCAACUGCAGCAAUCUCUACGAUUAUGGGCCCUCCACCAAAUUCUGCCAAAGAGGCAGACACUUCACUGCAGAAUACUACUCCUAAAGCGCCAAGUCAACCUAAUCGACCGGGUUCUGAAGUUCUAGCUCCCACCAUCACCACCACAACAAAAAGCGCGAAAGUGAAUGGAGCCCCGCAGGUUGCAACUGCGGCACCGGCAACCACCGCUACCUGUACUACUGGUACUACUCCUGCCGUGUCGAAACAAGAUAACACAAAUCCGCUGGCUGAUUCAACCCCGAAGCUCUCCGGCGCGGAGCUAAAAAAGAAGGCAAAGGCGGAGAAGGCUGCAAGGCGAGCGAAAGAGAAAGCAGAACGCGAGGAAGCAUCUGGUGCGGUUAGUGGCAGUGGCAUUGGCAGCGCGAAACAGCAAAUUAACCAGCCACUGUCGAAGAAAGGAGUUCCUGGGUCGCAGGCGCAAAAAAAUCCUGAGGUGAGUGGUUUGGGCGGGAAAGGACAGAAACAAUCAGGUGGUGGAGGUGGUGCUGGUGGUGGCGGGCGACAUGGCUCGAUUACACAUAUUAAUACUGCGGAGUUGACGAGGAGGAAGAAGAGAGAGGAGGAGGGCAUGGGUGUCGGUAAGACGGUUGCGGUUUUUAGCCAUUUGUCGUUGCAGAAGCGAAGAGGUACGAUUGCAGGGGCGGGAAAGGAGAUUCAUCCGGCCAUAUUGGCAUUGGGGUUACAGAUGAGGGAUUAUGUGAUUUGUGGGAGUAGUGCGAGGUGUGUGGCUAUGUUGCUGUGUUUUAAAAGAGUGAUCGAAUCUUAUAGUACACCCAUUGGAACAUCGCUAGCACGCCACUUGAUGACACAUCUCUCCCACCAAAUCUCAUAUCUCUCGUCCUGUCGACCACUCUCCAUAAGUCAAGGCAAUGCGAUUCGUGCUAUAAAACUCGCAAUCUCAGCUGUGGACCCAUCCUGUCCUGAGAGUGAAGCCAAGGAGUCCCUUUGUGACUAUAUCGACGGAUUUAUCCGUGAGAAGAUAACGGUUGCGGACCAGGUGAUCGCAAACAGUGCGGCUCAGAAGGUUAACGACGGUGAUGUUAUCCUCUGCUACGGUGGGAGCAACAUUGUUCAACAGACCCUUCUUACAGCUCACGGCCAGGGCAAGAAGUUCCGCGUCUCGAUCAUCGAUUCCCGUCCCCUUUUCGAAGGCAAGAAACUUGCCCGCACACUUGCCAAUGCGGGAUUACAAGUACAAUAUUCACUCGUACAUGCAAUUAGCCACGCGGUAAAGGAAGCUACGAAAGUUUUCCUAGGCGCCCACUCCAUGACUAGCAACGGCCGCCUUUUCAGUCGCGUAGGCACUGCCCUCGUUGCAAUGUCUGCAAAAGAACGUGCAGGCGGCACCAACAUUCCCGUGAUUGUCUGUUGCGAGACGGUCAAGUUCACCGACAAAGUAGCCCUUGACAGCAUUGUUCUAAACGAAAUGGCCGAUGCGGACGAAUUGGCCGCAAGCGAACCUUCACACCAGAUAACACAUCCAUCUCCACCACUCCCGACAAAAACUGCCAAGUCUGGCGCUGCGACAAACCAAAACGCAGAGUCAAUGGCCGAUACUGUCACUGAUCCGAACAACCCUCUCCAACAUUGGAAAGAGAAACCAGGCUUACAACUGCUGAAUAUCAUGUAUGACGUCACACCAGCUGAGUAUAUCGAUAUGGUCAUUACGGAGAUGGGCAGUUUACCACCUAGUGCCGUGCCGAUCGUGCAUAGGAUGAGCACAAACUCCUAAAUUCGAUCGUGCUUGAUAAUUGAAGAAUCUAUUGGUCUGGCUGGCUACAAAGAAUCUAUAUCCCCUUGUCUGGCCGUGAGGCACAAUUAGUAGAGGGAUCCUGCAGCGCCAAGUCGCAUGAAAUAUUUAGUAUGCACGGCCUUCCUAUAUAGGCAUAGAUGCCACGAUUCGGCGCUGCUGUGGUUGUAGGCCUUGUAAAUAUUGUAUUCAUCUAAUUGAAAACCUCUUGUAUGCCGGGUAAUGGAUAUAAUAAUAAUCCGUCACUGUAAUAAUCUCAUCAUCAUGCUGCAGCUGCAGCUGCCACUGCUGCCAGUAUUUGAUAAUCUGAUUAUAUUAUUCAAUAUUUUUU